UUUAUUGCCCUAGUAUCGUAACUUUGAGGCAGAAAAGGGAGUUGUUUGACCGGAAGUAGCCGUGCAGGGCGCGUGGCAUUGUGGGGGAUGUAGUUCCGCCGCGCGGCCCGGGCUUUGCAGCGAACUCAGCGUUUGGGGAAAAAAUAAAUAAACCGGAAAGUUGCGGGUGAGAGAAACAAACUUCGUGAAUAAGAGAGGCGGGGAGGCCGAGGCGACGGGGAAGGAGCGCAUCCAGGCGGCAAAGGAGGCGGCGGCGACGGUGCGGGCCCCGGGGAUCGCGGCGGGAAGAUGCCAGGCUUCACCUGCUGCGUACCCGGCUGCUACAACAACUCGCACCGGGACCGCGACCUGCGCUUUUACACCUUCCCCAAGGACGAAGAGCAACGCCGGGUGUGGCUGCAGAACAUCUCCCGUACUGGGGUGACGGGCUGCUUCAGCACCUUCUACCCCACCACCGGGCACCGGGUGUGCAGCGCGCACUUCCCGGGCGGCAGGAAGACCUACUCCAUCAACGUGCCCACCAUCUUCCCGCUGAGAGGAGUCAACGAGAGGAAGAUCAGGAGGUGCCGCAAGAAGGUACCACAAGCCGGGCCCGACGACGUCAAGCCCAUCGACCUGUCCGGCACCUUCUUCUUCUCUUCCUCCUCCUCGUCGUCGCCCUCACUCCCCGCGGCGCCUACCGCCGCCUCCGCUCGCCCCGAGGCUCCCGAGUGCUUGGAUCAUUCCUACUCACUGUCCUCCACCACCACCUCCGAGGAGCUGCUGAGGAAGCUCAACGAGCAGAAGGACAUUAUCGCCCUCAUGGAGGUGAAGAUCAAGGAGAUGAAAGGCACCAUCCGGCAGCUGAAGGUCAGCGAGGCGAUCCUGCGGGAGGAACUGAGGAACAAGGAGAAGUUGCUGUCCAUGUCGGUGAUCAGAAAGAAACACGGCAUGUGACUGGUUUUACUCUUGACAGAUUGCAACGAACGACUCGACCCGAGGAGCAGGAGAGAAAGAACAAAUGUAUCGGAUCACGACCCCUGUUUGCACGGGAUGUCAAGACUAUUUUUGAGUGUGAUGUUUGAAAUCCGGUAUAAUUCAUUUUUAUACAUGUCCAUUGAAACCACUUACAUAAUUUCUGUGUUUGUUCCGAUGGACUGCAUCUGUGGUUAUUGAUUAUUUCACUCGACAGUACAAACUUGAGGUGCAAAAUAAACCUAACAUUAGACGUUGUGAGGCGACAGAAAACUGAGAAAGAUUCAUUUUCGGCGCAAGUAUUUGUCACAUAAAUAUAUGUUGUGAAUCAAUGCGUUUAUUUCAUUAUAAUGAUGCUAUAAAUUUAGUAGCUCUGCAUAGUUUGUAUAUUGCCCUCUGUGAAGUUACUGUACAACAAUAACCAUAAAAUAUAAUAAUUCUAGUCAUGGUUAUACUUUGUAAAUUGGUUUGGUAAGAUUGACUUUUUUAAGUGUUUCACUACAACUGUAAGAACAUGAGGCCUCUGUUGAUCGGGUCGAACAUGGAUGUUGCGUCUUAGCUGCCUAGGGUAUGCAAGCUAGAACCCAGGCCAGGACAGUCGGAUAUGAAGAGAAGCCUGUUGCCGAUGUAGCAGGCCCCUCCCCCCCCACCUUCUCCACGAAUCCAAAGGAACAGCAGAGUCA